CGAUCCGAUGACCCGAUUACGGUCAGCUAAGCUCGCCACGAACCGUGCCCACUCCGACAGUGCUCGGUCGCUCGUCGGACAGCUCAGAAGCUCCGCCGUUUCCGGUGGCGAUUCGGUGGAUCGCACCGUCGAUUCUCCCUCUCUCUCUCGCUCGCAUCGCUCGUCGGCGAACCCCCCGAUUCGGAUCGCCGGAUUCUUGUCCGAAAGCAAUCGCCAUGGGAACUUCAGAGUCCACGCUCUCGGGAUCGCAGAGACCCGCCGACGAAAUCACCACCGUCUCCGAGCGGCGGGAGGGCGUCGAUCCCGUCCUGGAGAAGCUCAAGUCCCUCAAGAUCACGCCUCCCAUACUCACGUCGCUGCUGUCCGAGAGCAGCUUGACCGACAUUUUGGUUAGGAAGCCACCGUCUUCGUCGGCUCCAGCUAUUGGAAUGGUUGAUAUAGGGACUGUGAAUCCGAAGGUGCUACUGGAGCUAUUCUCAAUGUACCGUGAUUGGCAGGAGGAGAAGGUCCAAAAGAUUGGCAAGAAACAGGAAGAAAUAGAGAACAAGAUAGAACUUGUGGAUGCUUUAGCUGUGAAACUUCUCCAGCGAUUUAAUCACUCUGUGUCAGCAAUGAAGACCACCUCUCAACAUUUAUCAGAAGUUCAUGCAUUACAAGUGGAGCUUGGGGAACUUAAGGGGAGAUUGACAGAGGUCAUUAGUAACUGCGAUGCCCUAUGCAAGAGGAUAGAGUUGGAAGGGCCGGAAUCUCUUCGAUCAUUGGUGACACCAUUUGUUGCCAGGACCACCAAAUCAUACGACUCCAGUAGUUCAUUACAAAGCGUCCUUGAGAGUAGUCCGGCUUCUACGGACUCAAAAACAGGCUGACCGAUGCUUUUAUUCAUUUUUUUCUCGUCCCUCUUUUUUGUCCGAGGGAAGUGUAAUUAGCCAUUCUUGAUCAAGAUCGAGUGCAUUUGGAGGAAGCGACCCGUUGCUGUUGUCUAAUUCAUCAAUGGACUCGAUCUGGAGGAUUAGUUUCCUGAAUCAUAUGCGGUAUAGCCCAUGUUAUGCAACUUAUCUUUUUCGGCCAUUUAUGCAGAAUUAGUUGAAAGAGCUUUCUUGAAAUGGAGUGAUAGGAAGUAUUGGCAGUCUGUAAGCAUUGUUGUUGACAGUCGUGAAUAGCAGAUGCUUAAUGCAUA